AUGAAUGAUCUCCGAGGAAGAAAGGUUCAAAAGAUUGAAAGUCCGGUUCCAGGAUGCUUGGGGAGGAUGGUGAACUUGUUUGAUCUAGGGACAGCUGUUAAUGGAAACAAGCUGCUUACAGAUAAACCACAUCGUGAUGGAACCUCUCUGUCAAGGAGUCGAUCUGAUGUGACUCGAAUGCCAAGCCCCUCUUAUAAAGCCCAUUCAGAAGCUGAAAUGAUUAUGUCUGAUUUGAGGAGAAGUGCUUCUAGCAAAGUAAGUGGUACACCGAUGAAGAAACUCAUUGCUCGAGAGAUGUCAAAAGAAGUUGAACCUAAACAGAGCCCAACUAAUGUGGUUGCUAAGUUGAUGGGUUUGGAAACACUUCCUCAGCUGCAUCUUGAAUCCCCUACACAGCGAAGCAAAUCCAGAAGCUAUUCGCCGAAUCAUCAAGUGACUUCUAUGGAUCAUGAGGUGCGUAGGUAUCAGGAUCUCAGCAGAGAAUUCAAAGAUGUGUAUGAAACGUGGCAGUCGCCUCAGAAGGUGAGCCUUUCAAGGGAAAGCUCGCCUAGAAAAGGAAGAUGUGAGGAAACUACGACUGAGAAACUUGUUCGUCAAAAGCUAGCGGAAGCAAAACGUCUUGUAACGGAUGAUAGUCUUCACCAGUCCAAAGAGUUCCAAGAUGCACUCGAAGUUUUAAGCUCCAACAAGGAUUUGUUUGUUAAGUUUCUCCAGGAAUCGAAUUCGUUCACUCAGCAUCUUUCCGACUUUCAGACUGUUCCUCCUCCUCAUUCGGAGGCGAAGCGCAUCACGGUAUUGAGACCUUCAAAGGCUGUUGAAACUGAAAAAUUUGUGGUUCAAGGGAGGAAGAACAAGCAGGUUAAGAAAAUGGCUUCAUCAAGUCAAGAAAGUGGAUGGGGAAACCGUGAUCUUGGUUACUCAUCAUCUUAUGCCAACCGGGGAACAGAGGAACACCAUGUACAGCCUACUCGAAUUGUCGUCUUGAAGCCUAGUCUAGGGAAGUCUCUAGGUAUAAGAGCUGUUUCAUCAUCCCCAUCCUCUCCGAGGGGUCAGCCGAUGGGAGGAUAUUGUGAUGAGCUUGGAGAUGUUGAGUCUAAAGAAGUGGCAAAGGCAAUUACACGUCAAGUGCGCGAGAAUUUGAUGGGUCAUCAUAGGAAUGAGACUCAGUGUUCUUCUGUCUUGUCCAAUGGUUAUGUUGGUGAUGACAGUUCGUUUAACAAGUCUGAUAACGAAGAUCCAGUGGGGGAUCUUAGCGAUUCUGAGAUCAUGUCACCGACUUCUAGGCAUUCAUGGGACUGUCCAAAUAGGUUUGAAAGUCCAUUCUCUCCUUCCUCUUUCAGCCGAGCCUCGUUUUCUCCAGAGUCAUCUGUCUGCAGAGAGGCAAAGAAGCGACUUUCUGAAAGAUGGGCGUUGAUGUCAGUAACAGGAAGCACUCAGCCUCAUAAACACGUGCCGAGAACGUCAAGCACCUUAGGGGAAAUGCUUGCACUCUCGGAGACCAAAGUGACAAGUGGAUCCUACGAAGAGAGCAAUGAAAUAGCACCAGAGACAAGGGCGUCAACAUCAUGCAUAACCACCAAUCUGAACCAAGUGGAAAUGGCUAGUGAUUCUCUGAAUAUCCUUGCAAGGUCGAAAUCAGUCUCUGACGUUAGGCUCAAUGGAGAAACAUCUGUUUUGGGGACUUCCAAAGCACAGGCUCCACAAGAGCUGUCUGAGACUGGAAACCUGAAAUCGUCAUGGAAAGUCUCGAACUUGUUCUCAUUUAAGAAUAAGAAAGCAAGCAAGGAGAAGAGAGAUGCAUCUCAGUACAGUAGUAGUAUGUCUCAGUUAGCAACGCCUUCUUCUGUCACUCUUCCCGGGAAAACCAACGAAGAUUGUCUCCCUCCUGAUUCAUCACAACAGCAAAUCAUAAUCCCAGGCGAGGAGGAAUUGACUACACCGAAGCCUCUAGCGGCUGGGAACACAAGUGAAAACCAGGACCAGCCAAGUCCAAUUUCGGUUUUGUUUCCGCCAUUUGAAGAGGAAGGUGUCGGCAUUGCAGAAUGUUCUGGCUCAACCAAGCUAUGGACGGCUCAAGGAGAAGAAACGUCUCUAAAAUCUAAUCUAAUAGACAAAUCACCACCAAUAGGGUCAAUCGCACGGAUCCUCUCAUGGGAUGACGAGUCUUGCACAGACAACAUAUCUAAACCGGCAAUGGGAGUCCAUGAGGAAGAAGACUGGUAUGUAUUCAUAGAAACGCUCUUGACAGCGGCUGGCUACAGCAAGGGUUGCACCGUCUCUCAUGCUCCGCUCAUGUCGCGGUGGCACUUGCCAAACAGUCCUUUAGACCCUUCACUCAGAGACAAAUACACGAACUUAGAGAACAACAACAACAACAACAUCAAGGAGUUCAUCCACGAAGGCAAACGCAGACAGCAACGAUCAACCCGUAAGCUCAUAUUCGACCGCAUUAACUCCAUCAUUUCGGAAACAACGACUACAACCAUGGGCGAUGACUCUUCUCCUCCGCCUUUUGACCUGGUGGAGCAUGUGUGGAGCAAGGUAAAGGAGUGGGUUUCAGAUGAGCCUAGCAAGCGUGACUAUGUAGAGGACAUGGACGCAAACAGUUUGGCUGCAGAGAGUUUAGUGAAGGAGGAGAUUGUCGGGAGGACAUGGUUUCAUAGCUUCCAAGUUGAAAUAGACGACUUUGGGAUUGAAAUUGAAAAGGCAUUGUUGCAAGAGCUCGUAGAGGAAGCUGUUAUCGAUCUUACACGAUGA